UACACUGGGAGAACAGAGGCAUCAGUGUAAAGAGUAUGAGCAUCUUAACAGAGCAGGUCUGCUGGGAGUGUCAUCCUUAAUCUGAGCGGUGCGCUGAAGCUUUGGAUACUGUCCACUCAUCAUCAGCCUGACUUGAAAAAUGUCUGACUUUGAGGAUUUCAGCAAGCCAGGAGGGCAGGUGAAUGUGUCUGACAGCUACCAGCUGAACCCCACCAGUGUGAUUGUUUCGGUGGUCUUCUCCCUCAUCUUCCUGCUGGGCACCAUUGGCAACAGCCUGGUGCUUGCUGUGCUUCUGCGGAGCGGGCAGGUUGGAUACAACACGACCAAUCUGUUCAUACUCAACCUGAGUGUGGCCGACUUCUUCUUCAUCAUCUUCUGCGUUCCUUUCCAAGCCACCAUCUACUCUCUGGAGGGCUGGGUGUUCGGCUCCUUCAUGUGCAAAGUGGUCCACUUCUUCAUCAACCUCACCAUGUACGCCAGCAGCUUCACGCUUGCUGCCGUCUCUGUUGACCGAUAUCUGGCCAUUCGUUACCCGCUGCGUUCCAGAGAGCUACGAACCCCAUGUAACGCAGUAGUUGCCAUGGUGAUCAUCUGGGGCCUUUCCCUGGUCUUUGCGGGUCCUUACUUAAGCUACUACGACCUGAUUGAUUUCGACAACAGUACUGUGUGUAUCCCUGGCUGGGAGGAGCAGAACCGGAAGGUGCUGGACACGUGCACCUUCCUGUUUGGCUACAUCAUCCCUGUGCUGAUUGUGAGCCUCUCGUACACUCGAACCAUCAAGUACCUGUGGACGGCCGUCGACCCUCUGGACGGCAUGUCGGAAUCUAAGAGGGCCAAACGCAAAGUCACCAAAAUGAUCAUCAUUGUCACCGUGCUUUUCUGCAUAUGCUGGCUGCCCUACCAUGUGGUGAUCUUGUGCUACCUGUAUGGAGACUUCCCUUUCAAUCAGACCACGUAUGCCUUCAGGCUUCUCUCUCACUGCAUGGCCUACGCCAACUCUUGUGUCAACCCCAUCGUGUACGCUCUGGUGUCCAAGCACUUUCGCAAAGGCUUCAAAAAAGUGUUCAGCUGCAUCCUCAGCAAAAAUGGCAGAAAUAAGGUUCAUGUGGUUCAUGUAGCCAACACUGUGCCUGGGUUUGAAGCAGGCUCCACAGAGGUGUCGCAAAUGAAUGAGGAGAACAUACGACAGAAUGAAUGUGAAAUGAUUAACAGGCCGAUCCCAGAGCCAAGAGAAGCCACAGUGACACUGAAUUUGCCCCUUCAGCGGCAGACUUGACAAGUGAUUCAGCUUUGCUGACAGGCUCACUACAGAUUGCCUUAUGUGAAAGACAUUGCAGCUAACUUUUUUCUUAAUGAGUGAAUGUCUCAUCAUGAUAUUCACAUUUUUGGUGGCAAACAGGAGAGGAGUUGAAAGGAAUCAUGCACAAACAUAUUUACACAGACAAAAAGAACAUUAAGAUUUAUACAGUUAGUCCACAACCAAAAAUAUGUUUGUUUCAUCACUUAUCAAAACACUUUUUUUUGUCAAAUACUACUUCCCAUAAUGUUCCACUAAUGCUGGUUUCAAACGCAAGAGGAUUUUUAAACUCGCAUUGCUUUCAUCGUAUGAGUUAGACCGCUGUACUACUCACACAAGUGUUCACACAAAAAGCUACAAUGUGAAUAAAUGCCAACCCACCAUUACUUCAGCUGUAUGAACCCAAAACAAACAUUUUGCUGUGAUUUAAUUGCAAUAAACAGAUCAAACUAAUGCCGAAAUAACUGAUGCCGAUUUGUUAAUAAUAUUAAGUCAUGCUUCCUUGGGUCUGUCAGCAAUAUUACAAGCUUGCAACUUUAGAAGUGCUUGCAACUCGGUUGUCAGAGCAGAAUUCAGUCCAACUGCAGGAGUUUAUUUGCCCAAAGAUCCAGCACCGCCGCCGGGUCUGUCCUCCAGAGCUCCCCUUAGCUCAGCAGCUCUUUGUGGGCGAGCUGCGGCUCUAUCCCGCCGCUCUGCCCCGUGUCCUCUACACAACACACUCUGAAGCCGUCGGUGACGUCCAGACAGUCUGAAUGCUGAUAGGACUAUCGCGACACAGCGUCAUGCGAAUGUCAUGCUCGAGUUAAAAUUUUUUAACUCACACAAUGGAUUUAUCGCAUGGCCGCGCACUGAUCACUUUGACUUUGAAAGUAAUCCUCCAGCGCUGGCAUUGGGUUUUGUGUGAAACCAGCAUAACAGACAUCAAUUGGUCAGAAGGGUUUGUAUUUACUAAAAGUGAAAAAUUCUCAGUAUUUCCUGUGUCCACCAUUUGCCUUAACCACAGCUUGCACUUUUUUUCAGUAUUUAAAAAUCCACAUUAUCCUAGCACUUUUUAAGAGCAGCACAGAAUGUGUCUCAUAAUGUUACAGUACAGUAUGUUUCACCUUUUCCCUUUUCAAAUGGUUAGCAGCUGUAGGGGGAAAUUGAUGUAGACAUUUGACUUUAGAAACACUGAAAUGCAGGUUUAUAAAGUCCAAAGGAAUGGCAUUCCUCUGCAAAGUGGUGCUUAUCCUCCGCUCAUGUGAAGUCCAUCCUGUGCAAGUAAACUGUCACCACAGUAUUUCCAACAUUAUAUUUAACUGUAGGUUUGUCAAUUUCUUAUGUGGUCUUUUCCUCACAUAAGUGUAACUGCAGCUGUAAUCUUCAAAGUCAGAUUCAUCUUCUUUGACUAGUUUUGAAAGUACUAGAGCUAGUAUCAAGUCUUUCUAAUUGGAGCAGAAUGUUAUUUGGUCCUUUUGGUCUCUUUUGUAUCUUGCAUGCAGAUGCUGUUCUGUCUUGUCAAGAUAGUACUUUUAUUACUGGUAUAUUUAAAUUGACGUAAAAAUCUUCUUGUGUAAACAUGGUAUUCAGUUGUAUUUCAAUUUCAUACGCGCAUUGCAAAUCUCAAAAUUUGCACUGGAAUACAUUCUGCUGUAAGAUGCUCAAGAAUCAGGUGUCAAAAGUUAUACAUUGAGUAAACAGUUCUCGAAAGAAGAGUCUUUUCGGACUCCACAAGAAAACCUUUUUUUGACUAACUUGUAUUUUGUAAUGAUUGUAUUCAUGGCAUGUUUCUCUUUGGUGUAAAAUAUCAUAUUUAAAUGAAUAUGUUUAUCAAUGAGUGCACUUAAGCAUUUAAGAGUUGUGUAUUUUGUGUAUUAAAAUUUUUUGAAGCUGUGAAAUGAUAUGAUGUUUGUUUAGUUUAAUUCUCCAAAUGAAGGCGGAUCCUCAGUAUCUCGCUCUCUCGAUGUUUCACUGUAAGCUUGUGUCCUACCUCAAAGCUGUAAAAAGAAAAAUCUUCUUGCCUAAAAGCUGUAUUCUGCUCAGAUUGUGUAAAAUGGAAUUUUCCUCUUUCCACACAGAAAAUUUUCCUUUGAACUGAUCAGUUUUCGUCCAGUGUGUCUACUGUGAUUUUCCCCUUUACAUCUACAGUAUAUAGUUAAGUGUCUCUCUGUUUGUUCUGUUUAAUCAUGUAGCAUUAUUAAACGUUACAGCCUGCAGACUUUAAGAGCAUAUAUAUUUAAAUAAAUCUUUAUCAAAAAUGGUUUAGAAAAUGUAAUACACACUGAAAUGAC